UCUAGUGUCUAUCUGCAUUUCAGGACGUCGUCUCUACAUCAACUCGGAGCCGCCUGCACCAGAGAGGACAGCAGCAGGCAUACGCAGGGACAUGAAACUUGCCAUGGAGCUGCAGACUCCAGUCAAUGGACUGAAAGGGCCAUCAGCUUUCUGGCCUUUGCAGUACCUGGACCUUGUCGAGUGCUACACUGUGGAGUACAUGCAUUGUGUGUUACUUGGGGUGACCAGGCAGUUCACGGAGUAUUGGUUCGAUUCCUCUCACUGCCAUGAAAAGUUCUACAUAGGACGACCAAGCACCCUGAAUUUCCUGAACCGGCGCCUGAAGGGCAUUCAACCGCCACAUCAUAUUACACGCCUGCCUCGCUCAAUCCAGGAAAGGCACUUUUGGAAGGCCCAUGAGUUGCGAAAUUGGCUUCUGUACUACUGCCUACCUGAUAGGUGCAUGACAUUCAACGUGCGUCAACUCCUGCACUUAGCACGGGCUGCCCGCAACUUUGGCCCACUGUGGGCUCAUUCAGCAUUUGGGUUUGAGAGUGGGAAUGGCCAGCUUGUCAAGUUAGUUACAGCAGCAAAUGGUGUGCCUGAACAAAUCCUGGAGCGUGUGAUUCUCUCCCAGGAGUUGAAGCUGUUGCUUUGUUCAACAGCAAUACCGUUGACAACUAAGCAGUUGUGCCAUGAUUUCCUGCACUAUCCAAAUGUAGAAAAGGCUCAGCACAUACAAGGUGCUUGCAUGUUUGGUGCACCCAAUGAUGUGCCUGUGGUGUUGCCUGCAGAAAGAGAUUGUCUGAAGAUAGCCCUGAACCAUGCGCCCGUUUGGGUUGUCGGGCUCUGCACUGGCAGUCCAGCAGAUGUUGGAUUUCUUUGCAUGUGA